AUGUUGCAACCCUUCACUACUUUCUUCACCUUUCUUCUCAGGAAGGCCAAAUCUAUGUUGAAGCAACCAAGAAUCAAGAGAAAAUUUUCUGGCUUGUCAACAACCUCUUCUUUCCUUCACAUGGAGCUUUCCUCUCAGUUUCAUCAAGUUUUCAAGCUGAUUGACUCUAAUGGGGAUGGGAAGAUCUCAAGCAGUGAGCUAAGUGAAGUGCUUGCAUGCCUUGGAUACAACAAGUGCACUGCUGCAAAGGAAGCUGAAGGCAUGGUGAGAGUGUUGGACUUCAAUGGAGAUGGGUUUGUGGACUUGAAUGAGUUCAUGGUUGUUGUCAUGAAUGGCAUGGAGAAAGAAAAGGAAGAAGAAGAAAUGAUUAAUGGUUAUCUGAUGGAUGCUUUUCUUGUCUUUGAUACUGACAAGAAUGGCCUCAUCUCAGCGAAGGAACUGCACAGAGUUCUCUUCAAUCUAGGGUGUGAAAACUGCAGCCUCAGAGACUGCAAACGAAUGAUCAAAGCUAUUGAUAAGAACGGAGAUGGCUUUGUAGAUUUUGAAGAAUUUCGAUGCAUGAUGCGAAAUGGAGUUGCAAGUUAGAGUUUCAACUGUUUUUCUGUUUCUGUUUCUU